AUUGCUUGCCCUUUGAACAGGCACAAACAUCCACCACAAGUAUGCAAAUGGACUGCCUUUUCUUCCCUCUUUUAGGGUUCCUGCUAAUCCAGCAUCUCUCAAAGGCGUUGCUUGUGGUUUGAGAUCUGUGAUCAAACACAAAUACUUCGAGGCGAUCAAACUUGGAAGACCUUACAAUUUUUCCCAAAUUUUAAGAUGAUCCAAUCUUCAAGAGAAGGUGCUGAUGAUCACAAGGGCCAGCCGAGUUCUUCGAGAGCGAAUUGGCCGGCGCUCAAGAACCCUAGAAUCGUGCGGGUGACACGAGCCUUCGGGGGCAAGGACCGGCACAGCAAGGUGAGAACGAUCAGAGGGCUAAGGGACCGACGGGUGCGGCUAUCGAUGCCGACGGCCAUCCAGCUGUACGACCUUCAAGAUAAGCUAGGGUUUAACCAGCCCAGCAAAGUGGUGGACUGGCUCAUCAAUGCUGCUCAGCAUGAGAUCGACAAGCUCCCCCCACUCGAGAUGCUGCAGGGGGACCCUACGAUCUUCUCAUGGGUUCCUCCAACGGCCAACCCUGACAUCUCGAGCAUCAGCACACAUGAUCACCUAAAUUUAGGGCAUCCAGGUGUUGGAUGGGAGAACAGUAGUAGUGAUCAGGCCACAUAUAAUCCCUACACCUUCCAAUUGGAGAACAACACUACUAACGGUUCCCUUCCCAUAACAAUUCUUGCUUCAUAUUUGGCUGCUGCAUCAAACAAUGUGGAAGCGAAGCAGCAGUAUGCAUGGCCACAUUCUGAUCAGCUCUUCAAAUGAUCAUGCAUGAUUUCACAAGUCUGCACAAGAUGAUCAGAAAUUGAAUCAAGUACUAUAUAUUUCGAUAUAAUAAAGCUUUUGGCAUGCAAUGAAGUGAUGAUGAUGAUGAUAUAUAUAUUUAUGUCAUGUAUAGUUAUCGGUUUGGAAGAUACAGUUGUAUUUACAUGCAUUCAUAUAUAUCUUAUUGAAUUGAAUCUCA